AUGGCGGAAUCGAUUGUGGUCGCAGAGGCAGCACAAGGCGGCCCUCCGAGCGAGGCACGACCCCACGAUGCUUUGGUGCCAGCCGCAGCCUCGCUUCCUACCAUGACCGAGCUGCAACAGAACAAGUACACUGCCUACCCAUCGUUCGUAGCUCGAGUUGGGGAGAGGCCACUUCAAGAGCAGAAGCAGAUCUGUGACAGCCUCUACAUGAUCGAUCCUUCCUACAACCUUCAGCUCGUUGAUGCGGACGGCGAAUGGACGACUCUGCGGGGCCCGUGUAACGCUGGCCGUGGCGGUAAAGUUUCCGUGGAAGAGAAGCAGCAGUCGGUAGAGGAAGUCGGCAUCAUUGCAGUUCGGGCACCACCGAGGAUGCGAGAGAAGGUAGUUGGAGGUAAGAAGAAACAUGCGCUGCUCAGCUGGGCGACGUUGCUGGAAGGCGCCCGCCUUGCAUACGAGAAGGACAAUAAGAAGGAGAACAAGGCCCUUCAGCUAUCCAUUGCCAAUGGCAUCCAGAGGGCAGAGUUGUACGAGUCUGCCAUGCCAGACGACGCCGCUAAGUUCAUCAUCAACUUCGACAACCAGGUCAACGCAGUCGUCACGGCCAUAACGUUCGUAGAGUCUGCCAUGCGUACUUCAGAGGUCGAGCCUGCGUGGAAGCAGAAGAAGGAUAAGAUGUGCUGGACUAUUGCUGGCCUGACACAGCCAGUUCAUGACUCGAAGAAGCUCAAAUUCGCAAAUGGAAUGUUCCCGAAAAUGCGGUGUAGCUACGCGCACUACGAGGAGACGAACUUCUGGUUCAAGGAGAGCAACAAGGAGGUGAUCACUCGGGGCCCCUCAGCUGAGAAGCACGGCAGCACGACGGUUCGGAAGGAGUUCGAGGCCAAGGCAUUGGAGUUGGUUGACUUCUCGAGCGAGCCCAUGCAGGACCAUUUGUUCGUGACCCGCGUGUGCGCAACAGUCUUCAGGAAGUUACGGGGCGGCCCAUUCAACUACAUGAUAGUGGAUAUCAUCAUGCUGUUCCUCAAGAUGCGGCCCAGCAAGAAGCUGGGGCAAUGCAGGUUGCUUCCGUGUGGUCUGGAGAACCCUGCUUGCGAGUUCUCGGAGGAGGCGGUCAAUUCCUUGCUCCAGGACGUCGCAGAGUCCGAGAGCCUGAAGGGGACGAGGCUCGAGCAUGCGAUGGCGAUCGUCGCUGAGGCUGAGGCUAAGGCUGAGGCGGCGGCGCAGGAAUAUCAGGAGGAAGGUGAAGCCGACUCUGCCGAAAAAGGAAUUUCCAAGACAAAGCCCAAGCCGAAAGCCAAACAAAAAGGAAGGAAGAAGUGCCAGCCUGCCCCAGAGUCAUUGGCAGAGAUGGAGUCGAACAGCAAGCACGCGAUCUCGCUCAUCCAGGCCAUCGCCGACUACAUGAGGACAAAGAUCGACAGGGCGCACGUCCAGGAAGACAAGAUCGUGGCCUUCGUGAACAUUGCCAUGGCAGGCGUCAUCAACGACAAGGUCAUUCUCAAGCCGAUGCCGAGCAUGAAUGAGAAGGUCAUCAAGGGGUUGAGCAGCUUGAAGAAGGUGUUCAAGGCUGAUGCGUACAUGGAGGCUGCCCUCCAGCCGAGGCCAUCGGAUACCGAUUUCAAUGCCAAGUCGAAUCUCCAAGAGAUCGUCUCCUGCCUGGAUGAUCGCGGGCCACAGCUUACGGCAUACGGCGCCACCGAGUUGAUCGACGACCUCGCGGCGUCGGCCUUCCACCUUCUUCAGUACAUGACGGAGUGUCCGCCUGGGGUGCCAUUGCUCGGGCAGAAAGGGCCAGCAGACAGCAUGAAUGCAGCGAUGAUGGCGUGCUUGUCGGCCAGCAACCUCAAGGAGCAGGGGGGCGCCUUCCAUACGAAGAAAGACGCGCAGGACUGUGUGACACAAAACGCCCUCCAACAGGUCGACGCUACAUUACCAGACAGGUUCGACUCGGUCAUCGAGCUCAUCAGGAGGAUCGAGAACAGCAACGAUCAGGACAUCAUCGACGCCAUGUUGAAAAACCAAGUGUUCAGCAGGCUGAAGGAGAGCAACGUGGGUUUCACCUACAUCUUCAAUUGGAGGCUGCAGCUGUUCAUUCACAUCGCUUCAGGGAUCGGGUCCCAGAAGUGCAUGAUUCGCCAAGGGCCAGUGGCGGCCGAUACUGAGUACUUGACUCCGCUUGUGCUCAACGUGCUGAGAGGGUGCUCUGAAGAUAUCGGCAAGCUGAGCAAGCCAGACAUGGAGUACUCCCUGCUGGGCACGCUUGCGCAGGACAUCGGCGCCAAGAGUUUCAACGAGAUCGCGCGUCUGAUGAUGGACACGGCCUACGACUUCCACGACUUCUGCUUGGCCAACGACGGCGUCAAGUUCAGUGCAGAGAAGGAGCAGUUGCUUGCGUGCCUGCAGAGGUCGACCACUGGGCAGUUCAACAAGCUUGCGAAGGAGAAGGUGAAGAGUCCUACCCUGAUGGAGGUGGGCGACGACAUCUUCGUGGCGAAGCGGGCUGAGAAGGCAGCGCGCGUGCUCAGUGAGUUUGCCGCAGAACGUCCACACCUGGCCCGAGCAUUGAGCAUACUGACCGACCCGUUCGGCAUCCUCGUGAAGGACUUGAGGGAGAAACACAUCGUUACGCGCCAGCCUCCCGUCGUGGUCGCAACUACUGCGGCUAAGGUCGACGCGAAGAACAACCCCGUGCCACUGCUGGCGCACAUGACUACCGUGUGCAACGGGGAGCGGCAGACAGAGCCGCCUGAGCCCAAGUACGGUGAGCUGCCCGACGUUGUGCUCAACGAGUUGAAGCAGACUGUGGGCCUCGAGAUUGCUCGCCUUCGUACCACCGACGUCGGAGACAUCUUCUGCGAGUUCAAGACGGCUGGGAAGCGGACCAUACUUGAGCUAUCUCGGCGUGAGACAAAGGACUCGAUUGGAAAGGUGCUGAAAGUCGAGCUACCAUACAUCGGUAAGGUCAUUGACGCCAUCAAAGCUGAGAGGACUUCGAAGAACGUGCUCAUGGAAUUGAAGCCUGUGUCCAGGGAGGGCUACAUCGACGGCCCCGAGCUCUUCUUGGACGGUUCCAACGUGAUGAAUCCGAAGCGCUCGACUUUCUGCCCAGCAUUCGCAGUGCCCCUCAUCCCGAAGCCGACGACGACGACAGAUGCUAAGAAAAACGGGAUGCUUGCUGAGGGUGAGGAGCCUGAUAAGAAAAAGCUGAAGUCGAUGCACGGGCUGAAAUACACUCCACACGGCACGCUCCGUGUGGCCUGGAAGGACUUCGAGGUUAAAGUCAUGGACGGCCUUACGCAGUUGAAGUUCAUGUGCAGCAGGCCGUUUCUCACGAACACCGACGACUACGAUCCCUCUGUGGCCCGCGGCAAGCCUGUCCAUCGGGUCCGUUCGGAGUUUGACGAUGUAGAGGUCAAGAAGUUCAAGAAGGACAAGCUCGCCAAGAAAUCGUUCGCCCAGCAGCGGCUGAAGUACUUGUCGCUCGACUACGACGUGAGGAUACCUCCGUGCAAGCGGGGCGCCAAGGACCACCAGGGCUACCGGAUAGCCGGCAUCCUCAAGAAGAGAUGGCUGGAGAAGGUGUGCAACGAGGUGCCCUCCGUGCUCGUGCUCUGCUUCGACUGGUCCGGGGAGCGGCAGGUGCCCGCCGCCGAGGAGGCGCAGGCGCUGCAGCGCCUGCAGCACCUGCGGCGCCAGGCGGCCUCGCGUCAGCUGCGGCUGCUGCUCUUCGCC